CAAAAGCUAGAAUGGCCUUUCCUGAACUCCCCGCCAUCAGCCGGUGUCACUCCUAUGAAAUAGCCUGUAAAUAUACAUAUAGGUGCACCCGUUGUUCCUACAGUAUUGGGCGUCACUCCAAGAGUCUCGACACGGACCGCAAAGUGUGUGGUUAUUGUUAUGGUAAAUUUGAACUGCUUUUGAGUAGCCAGGCAGGCAGAGGCAGAUCACAGGGGUCGGAAGGUGGAGUUGUUGGUGGCACUCCAUCACAGGCACCCCCUAAGACCCCUAGGACACCUGGGGCCUUUGCACUGUUCGUCAAGGAAAACUAUGGCUCCAUCAAGAAGUCAAGGGAUAACUUAAAGCAUGCUGAUGUCAUGAAGAUUCUUAGUGCGGAGUUUGCUAAAUUGAAGACCAACAGUAAAUAGAAUUAGAUUAUAAUGGUUUUGGACUUGAUAAAGUAAAUAUUUGACAUUGAUGUUUUUUUUUUUUUAAUAUAUAUUUAUUGUAGUUUGUACUAAAGAUAAUAUAUAGAUAUGCAAGAGAAUGAGGCACUGAUAUAGUAAGUGCCACUGUAUUUUACUCUGAUCUAUAAACUGUUACAUGUUGGAAGGUUUUAAAAAUAUGCUUUCAUGAGUUUUUCUACUUCAUUCUAUUUUCCUUUCUGCCUGUUCUUUCAAUAAUUCAGAUUAUCUUAGUGUAAAACUUUCAUUGUGUAUAAAUACAUUACUUAUUACAGACUGAUUACAAUAUGUACCUGUUUAUAAAAAUAUAAGAUGUCCAGUGUAAAAGUAAAUUAAUUGAAUACCAAAUGUUCAUCUAAGCAAGGCAGAUGUGAUGCAGGUUCAGUGGUAACAGCUGAUUUGGUGCUUUAAAGAGCAGUGACAUUGCCCAUUAAAUGGGUGCCAAUGCCUUACUGUGUACUUUAUAUUAAAAAAAACAUUUGUAAUAUUGUAAAUUUACUUUUAGAAGGGUUUGGUUUCAUAGUCUGCUUGAAUUUUUAUUUUUUUUUAUACCAGUAUUUCACUAUUAUUUCCUUACUGUCUAUCAGUGUCCUGUUUGUAAAAUAUCUUUUUAAGCAGAUGCUUUGAAAGAUUUCAUUUAUAUUUAUUUAUUUCAAAAUAAAUUUUGCAUACCAUUAUAAGUUUCUUAUGUUGUGUACUGAUAGAUUUUGUAACAGAAUGAUGCCUGGAAGAAAGAUACUAAAAAUAUCAUAGUAUAUAAGGAAAGACAUGUAAGGAUUUUGGUGAUAACUGUAUGUUAAUACAAUCUGGUAGUUUCUAUAGUACAGACCCAACUUUAGGGCAUUUAUAUAUGAAAAUAUAAAGUUACCUCCUCAGCUUUCAGUAUGUAAAUAUGCUGAGUAUUUAAAAUUACAUUAUUUUUAUGCCAAAUACUGGGGUCUGCUUUGAAUAAAAAAGUACAUACUUGUUUAGGUGGAAUGUCCUUUUCAUAUGGAUUCUCAAACAAUUUUUUUACCUAUAUUUUAUAAAUAAAUU